AUUAAUUAAUUCAAUAUAAUUUUUAUAACAUCUUCAUAUUCAUUUCUUCGAUAACUUUCUCUUUUUGACAGUUCUGCAGUAUGACAUUUUGAUUUUGACAGUCACAAAUGUCAAAGCAGUCGCACGAAAGGAAUUUGUGAACGUUUGUCAAUAAUAUUGAAAACAAAGACUGUUGUGUGGGUUUUAAUAAAAUUUAAAUAUAGUAUCCGAUGCUAGAAAAUUUUGUUACUAUAUCUUAUCAAGAAUUUUCAAAUAUAAACACCAAAUAUGACAAUGGGCGAUGAAGCUCCUGUCACUUCCCUUGUGCUUCCAGUUCUAUUACGCCCAAUUCUUUCACAGCUGGAAAGAAGAGACAGGGCCGCUUCACAAACCCUUAGAUCAGCAUUGACAAAAGCCGAAAGUGCACACCCAGGCCUAAGUCUAGAACUCGUGCAAGGUAUACUGAGACGAGCUGAAGUCAAUCUUAAUGUCAAUGAAAGCAUUUUGCGAUUGCAAGGGCAGAUUUCAGACACUGAUGUUGUAGAAUAUAAAUUAAGUCGUUCCGAAGAUGCCUUUCAAGAAUUAAACAGAAAAUCGGCUGCUUUAAAACGGAUUUUAAGUCGAAUACCAGAUGAGAUUACAGAUAGAAAAACAUUUCUUGAAACUAUCAAGGAAAUUGCCAGUGCUAUAAAGAAGCUUCUGGAUGCUGUGAAUGAUGUUUCUGGUUUUCUGCCAGGAUCUCCAGCAAAGCAAGCCUUGGAGCAACGUAAACGUGAAUUUGUGAAGUAUUCAAAAAGAUUUAGUAAUACUUUGAAAGAGUAUUUCAAGGAGGGACAAGCAAAUUCAGUGUUCACAAGCGCAUUAUAUUUAAUUCAUCAAACGAACCAAAUAAUGAUUACAGUAAAAAACAAAUGCGAGUAGUUUAAGAAAGUCUGUGCGAAAAAAUCAAUCAUUAU